AUGGACCCAGAACCCCAAAAUUCGGAAAAUAGCGAUUCUGUAUUUGUUUGGGACGAAAGAUCGCACCUUUACUUCCACGCCAGUAGUGGAUUUUAUCAUGACCCCAAUGCUGGUUGGUACUAUAGCACCAAUGAUGGUGUUUAUUACAAAUUUGAAGAUGGGAAUUAUGUACCUUUAGAUUCCAAUAAGGAUAAUUGUGAAGAAACAAAUGUGUGGGAGGAAACCAAACCCGAAAGCCCUCGGCAAAUACAUAACAUUAAUAACAAUGAGGAUUGCCCUUCCUUUCUCGGAAACGAAUUUGAAACUAACCAACGGACUGGAACGUUGGCCGAGGAAGCUGUGGUUGAUGCCCCGAACUCCACCAACAGUCCAACUUGUGGAAACCCUCCACCACCAUCGGAAUGGUUGGAGGACACGCUUAUUGAUCUUUACUUGUCUGGCUACAACAACAUAGCGCUCAGUGCAGCUGAUAUAGUGACAUUUCCCCUGGAAACCGAUGGAUAUAACUCCACAUUAGAAGCUAACGCUUACAGCAACACUUAUGAAGUGGAAGGCGAGUGGAGCACGGGCCUGGAGGAUGAAAACGGCAAGGCUGAUGAUAAAAGAAUUGUAGAUGAAGUUGUAGCUUACAGUGAUACGUAUGAACUUGAAGAAGGUGAGUGGAUCCCAGAGGAAGAAAAUCACAUAGCUGAUACAAGUACCAUAGAUGAAGGCAUGUUGUUGGAUGAAGAAAAAUGGAAAGCUCAGUAUGGUCAAGUCAUUGAAUCAAGGAAAGAUUUGGUUUUAGAGUUUCCAGUUGCAGACCUAUGGGAUUGGGAAAUGGUUAGAGCUUCCAAAAAAGAUGGAAAGGAUAGGGUGGCAAAGUUGGUCGGAAAACUGGUUAAACAAUCUGCAAAGCGGCAUCCAUCUAUCUCAUCUGGUGAAAAGAAAUUUAAAUCUGCUCCUAUCUGUGAAGUACAUCUCGAUCUGGUACGCGUCAAAACAGGACAAGUGUAUAGAUUGCGAAAUCCCAGUGCAAGAUAUGUGGCUUCAUUAUCAAGUUAUGAUUCCUCCAAUCCAACAAAACAUUGGAAUUUUCCUCAGCUAUCAUCUAAUACUAAUAGCGCGCAUGUGUCCAAGUCCGGUGAAAGUACUCCAUUCACUUCAAAGGAAAUUUCUACAGAGAAGGAUUUGCCUAUGUUGCCAAGUCAGCUUUCUGCAUCCAAGCAAAUAAAAAGCCAAUACAGAGAUCGUGCGGCAGAAAGAAGAAUCUUGCAUGGUGGCUUUGGUGUGGGUCCAGGACAGAAGAAUCUUGGUGGCAGUUAUGAUAUGGCACCAUCACCUGAUGCUAGUCCACAAGAAGCUAAAGAAGAGGCCUUGAAGAUGUCAUUUGGACCGGGUAGUUAUGCCAGGAAACUUCUAGAAGGCAUGGGAUGGAAGGAUGGAGAAGGGCUUGGAAACUCUACAAAGGGCAUGGUGGAACCUAUUCAACCAGUUGGAAACACCGGCAGUGCAGGCUUGGGAUGGCCUCGUCGAAAUUAA